CGUUCGGUACAAACAUGGCGGCCGUGAGCCUGCAGGGUUGGAUAAGUGAAGACCAAAAGUCUUUGCCGUGGAGUUUGCUGGCAUUUUGUAGCUCUUCUACCACCUGUUUUACUGCUAGUAGUCCAUCAGAGCAAAGUUGUACUUCGAUCCGGCUAGUCUCCUUUUCUGCCUUGCUGUUGUUCCUCUCUUGUAUUCAACUCACGUGUCAGAGAUGCAAACAUCUUGGAGGACGUCCAGCACAGACCCUGAUGACUGUCUACUGUUUCCUUGGUAGCAUAUGUGGAUUCACUGGAGCGGUUUUGUCCAGACAGCUACAUAUUCAAGUUUUAAGGGAACUUGUGUCUGCUUUUGUGGGUGGAGUCAAUAUUUUCUCCUGCUGUCUUCCGCUGUGUCUUUUCAGGGACUUGCAUGCAGAGAGGAGGCGAAGGAUGGUCAGGAGGCGCAGGAGACGUCACCUUCUUGCAGUUUGUUUGCUGACUGCGCUCACUGGUGCUGUCCUGAAGUCAGGCGUCCUAGGCAGCCCAGAAGACUCGCUCAUCCGAGGGAGGAAGCUGCUUUAUGUCACCCUGCAAGACAACACUGAAAUCCUUGGCUACAUCCUUGGGCUGUUGUCUUUUGUCAUCACCUCUACCUCCAGGUUCCCUGCACUUAGUCGAGUCAACAAGGGGAAAAUGCGACCAGGAGUUGACAUUUUCUCUGCAGCGCUGUGCUCACUGGCUGGUGCUCUUUAUGCUGCUGCCAUUCUUCACUACCGUACCGGGCUCAGCUUCCUUCUCAGGGUCCUGCCAUGGCUGCUGGCGGCAGUCUGUGGUGCCUCGCUGGAUUUUCUUAUUGUAGUCCUGCAUUUGUGCAACGUGGGAACCAGGCAGCCGCCUAUCAGCUUUUCUCCUGAAAUGGAGAGCCUCUUGGCGGACUCAUCAGAGAACAAUGCUGUCAUGGUGACACAUGAACAUGCAGCUCCCUCAUCAGCACAUGGAAAGGACAAAAAACUCCAUUUAACCGAGAUGGGUCGUUACAUGGAUGUUAGCAUUCAUGCUACCAGACAAUUGUGCCCCAAAAAGGUGACGGUGUCUGGAGAGGUGGUGCAUGACCAAGCUCGGAGCAGGACAGUCCCAAUGGUACGACUCCAUGGUUCUGAUACAUCAUGUGACUCUUCCCUUGUCAGUUUUGAUCUAGAGUGGGAUUUUGAAGAAGGAAACGCACGGUGGAGUGAAGCACAAGCAAAACAAGGUGGAGAUGAGUUCCCCCUGCAAGAAUGGCCAAGCAACCCCAAACCAUUCAGUGUAGGCACUUACGCCUCAUGUGCGCUCCCACAGAACCGUGUGUCCUGUAAUGAUGCCGCAGGACUGUCCAAGUGACAAAUGUGAUCACAAUGGAAACAAUAGAAAAUGUCAUUAAAAAAUAUCAAAUCAAAUCCUUUCUGGGAGGUGACUUUGGAAGGCUUAUAAGAUACAGUACGUCCCCUACUGGAACAAUAUUGAGAGGUUAUUGGGUCACAUCCUGUAUUUUGUGAGUCACAAGGUUAUCAGGACUGUCUACUGGGGAAAGGGCGACCGGUGGCGAUAAGAACCAGACGAGACGUCCUCCAGUCCAUCAUCUGCCUGCUGCACCACCUUACACCACUGGUCUGCCAGUAGAACAAUACAAUGAUUAGAUCAGCGCUAACGAAGCACAUUUGACUCCACCCUGUUGGAUUCCCUUGAGGGGCAUGACCAAGACGAAUGCGAUGUGAGGUAAAGCAGUUUGCAGUUUCAGCACUGAUGGCAUCAAAC